CUCGCCUGCAGCGCUCCCUCUCGCCCGUGAUGGCCGCCAAGAAGCCGAGGGUCGUGCUCUCCUUCAUCAGCUGGGACCACCGCCACCGGGACCUGAGAGGACUCCUGGCCCACGCCCUCAGCGCCAACGUGCACUUCGCCGACGGCUGCGUCCUCAACGCCAUCGAGGUGGACGCGUCCGAGGAGAUGGGAGAGCCCCUGCCAUGGUACCCCGUAGCGCAUAUGGCAAGGGAUUACAGGGUGAACAUGUAUCCGCGAGAGGGGAGACGCCAGGACAAGAAGGCCCUGGGAAAUAACUUCAUUUUGCUGCAAGACUCCUACCACGAGCACGCCAAACUGACGCUCAUCCUGGACAAGGGCGGCGGUUCCUCGUCCUCUUCGCCGCCUUCCGUGGGUCUCCCGGGGGACGUCACGCUGAGGAACCAGCUUGUGUUGGCGUACAAGUCUUUGGAAGACUCGACGGACCCGGGCCUCCUGGCAGGAUGGGUCCGGUGGUCGGGGGCGUGGGAGGCCUACACGCUCCUGCAGGACAGGAAGCUCCCCGUCGCGACAAUCACGCUGUACGUGAGAGAAAAUUUCCCGACGAAGGUGCCGAAGGAGACGUUCAAGUACGUCGUGAUGCUGGAGAUCGUGACCCACGGCAUGGACGAGGUGCAGCAACUGCGGGCUGCCACGCAGCGCCUGCGGGUGGAGCGCUGGAGCGGCUACAUCUGUCUGUACACGGAACACUCGCUCAUAGAAUUUUCCGACAACUUUUCAAGCAACGACAGUAUAAGCAAAAUCGUCGAGGAUGUUAUGUGACGGUAUGGCAACCUGCGCUAGAUAAAAAGCCAACCUGACUCUAUCGAGCAAGGGAGGGAAGUGUCUUGUGUGUCUGUGGAUUGUUAAUUAGAAACUGAUGAACCGAUCUUUCAGAAGCAAGAUCAUUUUUACUUAAACAAUUCGCGAAGAAAAAGGGACAGAAGAAAGUGACUUCAAGUGACUAGGGUGCAUAUGUGGCAUUCCCUUCUAUGCGUAUGUGUAACCUCGUGUGGUAUUGCUGAAACUGUUUUGUAACAGACACUACAGUGGAAGUUACUGAUAAUCAAAUUUAUUUUUUGCCACUGAGGUUUCUUAAUUCUCAUAAUUGCUAUAAAGUAAUGCUGAAACGGUGAACAGUAUUUGAACAGACACUUUUAAGACACCUUAUAUCGAAGAAUGUUGAUUAGAUUAUAUUAAUACAUAUGAUAAUCAACUGAAAAAGAACGCACUCCUAAAUAUACAAAUUCAGCUUCAACACUACAUUUACUGAGUUCAAUGGAAUGAUAUUCAGCCAUUCGCAUUAGUAGUACGUUACUGAACUUUCAUGCGCUGUGAAGUGUUCCUAUGAAGUCGAUUCCCGAUGCCUUAGAGAAUGUAUUAAUAUAUAUAUAUAUAGUCAUUUUCCCAGCCUUCGUAUAGAGUGCCGAAAGGUAUCUAACAUGUUUUAGAAAAGUAACUUUGUCAUUUGUUAUGUAAUAUAAUUCUUUCUUCUUAGGAUUACCGUUUUUGGACUAUGCAAUCUAUGCACAAGAUGUGUAUUUACGGUUAUAAACAUGUAAAACACUAACUCACACACACAGAAACGGACGCAUUCACACGCAGAUUUGCUAAAUCACAAAACAUACACAUACACAUAUACUCUCUCUCUCUCUCUCUCUCUCUCUCUCU